AUGCCGCGGGAGGAGUCCUGCCGGGAGGAGCUCGGCUACGACCGCGUGGCCACCCUGGAGCGCGGCAGGCCGGACGCCGAGGGCUACGCGGACCCCAAGGCCGGCGACCUGCAGCUGUCGUCCAGGCUGCCGCCCUGCUUCAGCCACAAGACCUGGGUCUUCUCUGUGCUGAUGGGGGGCUGCCUGCUGGUGACCUCGGGCUGCUCGCUGUACCUGGGGAACGUGUUUCCCUCCGAGAUGGACUACCUGCGCUGCGCGGCGGGCGCGUGCAUCCCCGCCGCCGUGGUGAGCCUCGCGGUGUCCCGGAGAAACGCCGCCGUGAUCCCCAACUUCCAGUUGCUGUUUGUUUCCACGUUUGCUAUCACCACGACGUGUCUGCUCUGGUUUGGGUGCAAACUGGUUCUGAACCCGUCCGCCAUAGACAUCAACUUCAACCUGAUCCUGCUGCUGCUGCUGGAGCUGCUCAUGGCGGCCACGGUCAUCGUCUCCGCGCGGGUCAGCGAGGCGUCCCGCCGGAAGGGCUCCAGCUCCAGCUCCGACAGCGCCAGCGUGCUGCACGGCGUGGCACUCCCUGCGCGAGUGCUGAAGGCCUACUCCGUCAUCGAGGUGGUUGCUGGCGUGUCUGCCGUGCUGGGCGGGGUCAUCACGCUGAACGUGCACGAGGCCGUCGCGAGCCCGCACCUGGCGGUGACCUUCUUCUGGAUCCUAGUGGCCUGUUUCCCAAGCGCCAUUGCCAGUCAUGUGACGGCUGAGUGUCCCAGCAGGUGUCUGGUGGAGGUGCUGAUCGCCAUCUGCAGCCUCACGGCGCCGCUGCUCUUCACGGCCGCGGGCUAUCUGACCUUGAGCGUGAGGCGCGUCGUGGAGGUGUUUGCAGACUACCCGCCGGCCCUCCAGCAAUCCUACGACGUGCUGCUGCUGCUUCUGCUGCUGGAGCUGGUGCUGCAGGCGAGUCUGCACACGGCCACUGUGGUCCAGUGCGCCCGCUUCACGGGGGCCCGCCCGCAGGAGCGCCCCGCAGAGGUGCCCAGGAGCUCCCCCAGGGAGUUCGACAAGGAGCGCGCCUGGAGAGCCGUGGUGGUGCAGAUGGCCCAGUGA